UUUCAAUGAUAUUUAUUGCCUGGUUUUGUGAUAUUUUUUCCUUGUUUUUUAAUUAUUAUUUUAGUCAUUGUGUUUUUUGUCCUACGGAAUCAUUUAUGUAAAGGGAUAUAAUGAAGCCAGUCAAGCUUGUGCCCAAAAUACGUGUGGGUUCCCGAGCCAAUAGGUCACCGAAGAAAGACGCCUCCCCUGUGCUCACCACUCUCAGCUCACCAGGAAUCCCUGAACACACUGCGCAUUUGCCUCACAGUGUUGACUUUGGAAAAUCGCCUAGAGACGGUCACUCCAUAUCGGAAUCCCGACUACAUAUGAAGGAAAAUGAAAUCAAACACGAAAAUUUGCGCAUAGACAGAGCACUACAAACAGGGGGGGAUAAGCUGGCUAAAAAUAUACCGACCACCAUGCAUCGGCAAUCACCAAGCCCGCAUAAGGAAGACGAAAGGAAGUGUUCAAGGGUCAACCAUUAUCCUAAAGAACUGGAACAGGUCAGUAGAAAACAGGAGAAGAUAAAAUGCUGCCGUGGUAUACCCCCAAAGAAAAGUCGCUCAUGUUCUCCUUCGGGGUUCGAUAUGAAUGAUCCACUGUCGAAACAGAUCCGAGAGAUUCACAAUGAUACACGAAAGAGUGCUCGGAUCAUAAAGGAUUCUAGAGCUAGAUUACUUGAGAUACAAAAGAAAAGCACUUUGACGGAAGCUGAUGUAAAAGAACUGGGCGAGCGAAACGAACUACUCCUCAGAGAGAUGGAUCGUUUUGAUCGUAUGACGAGAAACGUUCAAAAGCUGGUUGGGGUUGAGGUGGCGAUCUUCAAAAAACCCAAACAGGAUCAGACUCCUCCGGAGUAUAUACCGAGCUGUUACGACCCAGCACUAUAUCAUGAGAUGAAAAUGAACCACCCUACCGUAUUGCUGGCUGGAGGUAGACUGCCGGAGGCCCCCGGCGUGGUCGUCUGUGAGCCGCCGAUGCGUAGUAAAUCCGAACUUGACCUCACAAGAAAGCUGAGCGAAAGCUACGAUAUGCAAGAGAAGUUGGUGGCAGAUAAUGCUGACUUAGAAGUCAAGAGAUAUAUUUUGUAUAAGGAGUUGAUGACAAAGGAUCAAAAUUUGGAAACUUGUCGUGCUCAGAUCAAAAGCUUGCAAGGAGAACUGAAAUUGAUGCACAAUGAAAAUAUACUGCUCAACGAAAAGCUGAAUAAAAAUAAUCCUGAGGGCGAUGCUGCUGCGAUGAAUCAAGAUCCAACAUUUCAAAACGAAACGGAAAUCUGUGAUAAGCUGGAGAAAACCUACGAAGUUCAGAAACUAGUUGCUAAACUCGAGGACUACAAAAGUUCCACUAUCGAACUCGAAAAGCAAUUGGGUGAUUUGGAGUCUGAAGUCCGUCACAUUCGAGUCGAGAUGAAUACUGUGAACGAGGCUGCCGGCAGCGCCUGCCGUGGCGGUGGCGCGCCUAACACAUGUUUCCAACAACCAGCUGGAGGGCCUCCGGUACCGCCAAUGUCUCGAGCUUGCGGUGUUUGCCCUCCUUGCCCGGCAACAUGCAAUCCCAAUGCUCCACCGACGCCAGCUGAGAGGGAAGUGGCUAAAUUGACAAUUCAGUUGCGGCAAACUGAGGAGAAUUUCAAAACCAAAGUCGCUGAGUGUGCUAUGCUUCGUACUGAAUUAUUAAAGAAGAAGGAAGAGUUAGAGAAAGAAAAAUGUCAGCACAGAGAGGUACAGAACAAACUACGCGAGUUGGAAAUGAAAUUUGAAGGGUUGGCAACACAUACCAAUAUGUUGCUUGGUACAAAAGAACAGGCUUUUGAGCAGGAGAUAAACGUGAGGGCACUUAAGCAAUGCUACAGGGAAGCCAGGGAAGAGAUUGAUGAAUUAAGGCUUUUGAUGAAAGAACAGAAUGAACAGCUUCAAGACUAUAGGGUUAAGUACUUACAAGCACAACAAAUGGUAGAAGAGCAGCGUCGACAAAUGGACAUGAUGGAUAUGGACAAUACUAGAAUAAGCGAACAGAUAAACUUAGAAAUCCAAAAAGUCAAGAUAAAAUUCCAAGAGAAGUUACAAGAAUUGGCUCCCAUACCAGAUUUGCUAAAGGCCACUCAGAUGCGAUUGAAAGAUGCUCAGCAGGCUCAAGCUAUUGCUGAACACAACGCAGAGCAACUAGCAAGAGAACUGAACUGUGCCAGAGAGAAGGUGCAUGCAUUAUUACACAAUAGUUUAAAAGCUCCAGAGAAACCGCCUGAGCGAGGGAAUGAUGAAAAGCAACUGGCAAUGGCUCAACAGAGAAUCACUCAGCUUACGGAAAAUAAUAUGGCUCUUAAGAAUGAGGUUGAAAGAUUGAAAGCAAACGUCAUAAGGAUGGAAGAAUCGGUGUUGGCCAAUGAGAAACGCUUGCAGGAGAAAAUGCACGAAUGCGCUCAGCUCGGUGGAGAGCUGGACCGAGUGAGGGAUGAGGCGGCCAGAGCAUUGCAAAGAGCCAAUGAGCGCACGGAGACAAUACGCAAGUGUAUGCAAACAUCUAUAGCAGAGCUUGAGAGACAGCUCGCAGCGUGUAGGGCUCAAGUGAAGACAGCUGAAAAAGAUCGCGAGGAACUUCAAUGCCGUAUGCAAUGCCAGAUACGGCGUUUGAACGAUAACUUCGAACAAGCUCAGCUGCGUAUACUCGGCUUGCAGACGCAGGUUCAAACUCUUAGGAGGACUGCUUCUAGUUCUGGCGACGGCGAAGGUGACAUGGAAGCACAAGAAUGCGCCUGCAAAACCUUCUUUGAAAACCCAUAGAUGUGCAUUUUCUGAGCUUUGGGUACUAGACGUGGUUCUUUAGUUGUUCAUUACGACCACACUUAGAGAUGUCAAAUAUUUUUUUAGUUUGAUUAAAGUAGUCGAUGCUUUAAAUUUCUUUGCGAUAGGUUUUGACUAUGACACACAUCACUUUAUCAAUCAUUAAAUUAAGUUGAUUUGUCUGAGUGCGGCCGUUGAAUGAAGAAUCUACUUUGUUCCAAAGUAGGUAAAUGUUUAUUGAAAUGUCAUCUACACUGCUCAAUAUAAAUAAAAAGCAGCAUCGUUAUUUUGAUAUAAAUGUAAUAAUUAAAGGCACUUAUUAAAUGAUUAAAAAAAAUUUUUUUGAUCAUCGAAAAUAUAUAAGAACAAUUAAUUGUAUUUUAGGUGAUCUUUUACUAUUUACCGGUGAGAUGUUUGUUUUUGUUUCCGAUUCUUAGAAUUAGUACGGGUUUUAUGGGGGCACUGUACGCUCUUACUUUUUUCAUUGUUUACAAAAACUGCAACACUUAUGAAUGCUACAAUUAUAUUUAUAGGCAAGUUCUUUUGUCACCAUAGACGUUUCAUAUGCACCUUCUUUAAAAUUAUAGUAUUUGGUAAAUAAAAAUUGUUUUAAGACUCGAUUUCAAAAAACGAUUUUAAUCCCUUUUUGCAAAAAUCAAGAUCUAUUUGAAGUUCUGACUGACCUGUUGUAGACAAGUUCAUUAUACUCUUUUUAAAGCUAACUUAAAAGUUUAGAAGUACGCUAUAAAAACCUGCUCCUUUAAUAUUCCAUUCUGCAAAAAAUGACUUUUUUUGCACAUUUAAUUCGUAAUAUUGCAGUUUUAUUUAAACUUUUUAGUUAGUAAUAGGUUUCUAGAGAAAUGAAAUAUUUUAAGACAGACGUCUUAUCUUCUUUAUUUGACCCCUAAUCUUUUUAUCUAAUAAUAUUCGAUAAAAAUAUAAGCUAUAGCUGCUUUUUAUUCUGAAACGUAAUUAAAUCAUAGCAUAUUUGAGGUAAUGAUCCUUUAUGACAAUCUUGUUUUGAGCUUUUUCUAAUCACUUGUUAAGAUUCCUUGUAUUUUUCUAUUCAAAUUUGAAAUACUUAUCACAUAAUACCUUUAACAAGAUAGAUCAUUUUAAAGCAACGUGUUUUUUAUUUCUUCAAUCGAAGAGUCGAAGGAACCCUUGUCAUCACCUCACACACACCGCAGAACGUUGAACUAACUCGUGAUAUAACAUGAAAUGACGUCACACUUUUCUGUGCGUGCAGUCGGUGUUCAUCGAUUUUUAAGACGUUGCCACGUCAAAAACAUAAUUUUUACAAUCAGUUAUAAUAAGCAAUAAAAAAGGAAAUAUUUCGUUUUAAACUUCAUUUAUAUUUAUUAAAUCGUUUCAAUAUAAAACUCUUUAGAUGAAUAACUGCGAGAAUGAGAGAGAGAGAUAGAAAGCAACCACGUACUUCUCGCAAUCAAGCUUAAGUUUCAUAAGAACACAACAGUUAUAGUUCGAUGUCGAAUCAAUAACUCCCAAUUAUUACAUUGUAAUACAUACCUAUACUAAUGAUAGCUCAAUGAUUGCUAUGUUUGAUAUACUUCCGUUGCAAUCCAAAAUGCGAAGUGAAACCCUUUAAAGCUACACCUGUUUGGAUGUCUUUUCCGUUUCCUCGUUGCUAGUUCCACCCCGUACCAUGUGAACAUUUCCUGAUGAUGCGAAACACGAUCUUAGUGCUUCUUGAGCGAGGUGUGUGUCACGAUGAGGGGCAUGUGCGACCUCGUGGUACAAGUCGAUAGCGUCGCUCAUGGUGUGGAUUGCUUCUUCCGUGCGCUCUGCUUCCAUAAACUUCGCUCCUUCCUGA